UCCCUGUCUUUUUAUGUUUUGUAUCCCUUCAAUGCAAGUACUUAACAGAGCACAGAGAGGUUAUAUAGAAAGAAAGAAACAGAACAGAGAGAAGAACCCAAAAGCUACAGAGAAGUUUCAUUAACAUAUCUUUUUCCACUUUUGAGUUGUGAUUCUUCAAUAUCAUAUAUUCUUUUCUGCUGCUCUUUCUCUUCUUCUUUCCUUCCUGUUUUGUGUUCUGAAAGUAUCAGUGUUAUUUGAUGUCUGAGGCAUUGGAACAUGGGUAUGUUGAGGUUCCUUCAAUGAAAGGGUGUGAAGAGUUGAACCUGAAGGCUACUGAGCUGAGACUUGGGUUGCCAGGGUGUGAGUCACCAGAGAGGGAUGAUGUACUUAAGACUGUGGUUUCUGGGGCUAAGAGGGGUUUCUCUGAUGCCAUUGAUGCUGGAUCUCCCAACUCUCUCACUCUCACUGCUGCAACUGAAUGCACCAACCAACCAACCCUUGUCAAGGAAACUGUUCCACACUCUCCAAACCAACCAUUGCAUGAGAAGAAGUCCCAUAUUACUGCUCCAUCUGCAAAGGCGCAAGUUGUGGGAUGGCCACCAAUCCGUUCUUCUUUCAGGAAGAACUCAAUGGCUACUCAGCCUCAAAAGAAUGAUGCUGAUACAGAAGCCAAGUCUGGAUGCCUUUAUGUAAAAGUCAGCAUGGAAGGCGCCCCAUACCAGAGGAAAGUGGAUCUGAAUAGUUUUAGCACUUACAGGGAACUUUCUUUGGCACUCGAAAAGAUGUUUAGUUGUUUUACAAUCAGUCAAUGUGGCUCUUAUGGGGUUUCUAGUCGAGAAAAUUUAAGUGAGAGUAGAUUGAUGGAUCUCCUUCAUGGUUCAGAAUACGUUCUUACCUAUGAAGACAAGGAUGGUGAUUUGAUGCUAGUUGGUGAUGUUCCCUGGGAGAUGUUCACUGAAUCUUGCAAGAGGCUGAGGAUAAUGAAAAGUUCUGAAGCAAUUGGGUUAGCACCUAGAGCCAUGGAAAAGUGCAAAAGUCGGAACUAGUGCAAUGCUAUAUGCUUUUGUCUGCUGAUUUGGAAAGAUUGAAGAUUGAAGACCAACUUUAAGCAUAUAAUACCAACUUGCUUGCUUAUGUAUAAUUCUAUAUACGAGAUUGGGGUGUCCUAAACUUUUUAAUGGACAUAAUAUAUUGAUGACAAUAUAUUAGGUUUGUUGUAGACGUCUAUAUCUUGAUUUAGACGCUCCCAUACUUCAAUUACAGUCACUAAGGUUACCUUAGUAUGUAAAUUUUGUUUCUCUAGUAACUUGUCU